CACAGAGCGCGGCCCUGCGCGGGCGCGCAGCCCGGUGCGCCGCCGCCAUGAGCCAGAGGCAGGUCCUGCAAGUUUUCGAGCAGUACCAGCGCGCCCGGACGCAGUUCGUGCAGGCAGUGGCCGAGUUCGCCGCCCGGCCGCAGAACAUCGACACCCUCCAGAGUGCAGGUGUAAUGACUUUGCUGAGACCUCUUUUGCUGGAUGUCAUCCCAAAUAUUCAACAGACUGCUGCUUUGGCUCUUGGGAGACUUGCCAAUUAUAACGAUGUCCUGGCAGAGGCAGUCGUGAAGGGAGAUAUUCUUCCACAGCUCCUGUGUUCGUUGUCUGAGCAGAAUCGUUUCUACAAGAAAGCAGCUGCCUUUGUGCUAAGAGCAGUUGGUAAACAUUCUCCACAGCUAGCUCAGUCAGUAGUUCAGUGUGGAGCAUUGGAAAUGCUUGUGAUUUGCUUGGAAGAUUUUGACCCUGGAGUCAAAGAAGCUGCAUCUUGGGCACUUGGGUAUAUUGCCCGACACAAUUCAGAACUGUCACAAGCUGUGGUGGAUGCAGGCGCUAUUCCUCUUUUAGUGCUCUGUAUCCAGGAGCCAGAAAUUGCUUUGAAAAGGAUUGCUGCUUCAACUCUCAGUGAUAUUUCAAAGCAUUCUCCAGAGUUAGCACAGACAGUAGUGGAUGCAGGAGCUAUCGCUCACUUAGCUCAGCUGAUCCUGAACCCUGAUGCUAAACUAAAGCGUCAGGUGCUGUCAGCUCUAAGCCAAAUAGCAAAGCAUUCAGUGGAACUUGCGGAGUUGGUGGUUGAAGCAGAAAUUUUCCCAGUUGUGCUCACAUGCCUGAAGGACUCAGAUGAAUAUGUCAAGAAAAAUGGUGCAACUUUAAUUAGAGAGAUAGUAAAGCACACGCCUGAGCUUUCACAGCUUAUAGUAAAUGCAGGUGGAGUUGCUGCUGUGAUUGAUUGUAUUGGCAGCUGCAGAGGGACUGUCAGGCUGCCUGGCAUCAUGAUGCUUGGUUAUGUAGCAGCUCAUUCGGAGAACCUGUCAAUGGCAGUGAUUGUCUCCAAGGGAAUACCACCACUAUGUGCCUGCUUGAUAGAAGAACAAGAAGAUCAUAUUAAGGCAGCAGCUGCCUGGGCCUUGGGACAAAUUGGAAGACAUACUCCUGAGCAUGCGGGUGCUGUCGCAGUAGCAAAUGUGCUACCCAUACUGCUUUCUAUAUAUAUGGACACACGCAGUUCAGAAGAUCUUCAAAUAAAAACUAAAAGAGCCUUAAAGAACAUCCUUCAGAAAUGCACGUAUCUUCCAGCACUUGAACCAUUGCUGCACGAUGCCCCUCCCAAUAUUAUAAAACAUAUUGUUGGACAGUUUAGUAAGGUGUUACCACAUGACAGCAAAGCACGUCGUCUCUUUGUAACAACUGGUGGACUUAAAAAGGUUCAAGAAAUAAAAGCAGAACCUGGGUCACUUCUUCAAGAAUAUAUCAACACUAUUAACAAUUGCUAUCCAGAGGAAAUAGUAAGGUAUUACUCCCCUGGAUAUUCUGAGAUACUUCUGGAAAGGGUGGAAAAUUACCAUCCAGUUUUAUAAACUUCAGUUUUUUAUUAGAGCUGUAUUUCACAUCUAUACCUUUAUGACUAAUACAAAUACAGCUGUUGAAACUGUUCAAACUCUUGUUUGAUUCUGUAAUAUCCUACUCCUGUUUGAACUACUGAAACAGCUCAGCAAUUCCAGCAAGCUAUAUUUUGUUCUUCAUAGUCUUGUUUGUUGCUAA